AUGGGAUUGAAGAAAGCUAAGAGAAUCGAAGGUCGUUCUCGAGUAAAGAUCGGAAUAGCUCUGGAGUUUGGCUGCCUCAACAGCGUCGAUUUCUUGCUGAAAUGUUCCGCCAAGCAGUGCUUCUCGACAUCGAUUCAGUGGUUCCUGUUCAGUUUGACCGAUCCAGAUGAGAUAUUCCAACUUUUGUCCAAAGCAGAUUUGUACAUCGAUGCGGAAGAAGGCCGGCCUCUAGGAGGAGCGCUGAAUGUCACUCUUGAUCGACCUGUUGAGCACGGAACUCUGGGACCAAGCCGCCACUCCGGGAAGCCCAAGUACAAGCACCGACGGAACAUGUCCGACAUUACGAUGCGUGUCGGAACGGUGACGCAGAUCUACCCCAACCUGAACGAUUCCAUGGACAAGAUCAUGGAACAUCUGGAGUCAGAUCGCUGGAGACACCUGGACCAUGCCGUCCGGAUGGGAUUCCGGCUGUCCAAGGCGCUGCACGUAACUUCGGGAUUUCAGGUUAAGUACAUUCACUACGAUCGCUGGACGUUCAACGAUUCCACGGGAGGGAUUCUGGGCGGUCUCAUCGAUCGCGAAAUCGACUAUUCCGUAACGGGUUUGAUGACCAAGAUCAAACGAAUGGAACAUCUGACCUCCGUUGCGAGCUACAUGACCUUCGAGUUGAUGUUCAUCUUCAAAACCCCGGAAAGUUCCAACCUCAUGAACAGUGCGUUCAUACGACCUUUCAGCACGAGCGUCUGGAUCAGCGUUGUGUUGAUAGUUCUUUUGGGAAGUUUCGUCUUCAAGUUCAACUACAUGGUUGAGUUCAAGAUGCUGAACAUGCGCGAGGGCAUCGAAAGUCCGUCCUGGUACGGAUUGCUGGUAGAAUCUUUGGGUAACUACUGUCAGCAAGGGUCGAGCUUCAAACCAAGGUCGUUCUCCGGCAAGGUCGUCCAGAUAUCCGUACUGAUGUGCUCGGUCAUGGUGUACAACUACUACACGUCGGCCAUUGUGUCCACCUUGAUCGGAACUCCCAAAAAGUCCGACAUCAAAACUUUGGUUCAGCUCGCAAACAGUCAUUUGGAGUUGGGCAUUGAGGAUGUCACCUACGAAAAGGCGUUCUUCUUUGAAUCCCACCUGCCGGACGUGGACUACCUGCGAGCCCGGAAGAUCACCGACAGCACCUUCAUGGACUCGGGCUCGGGACUGCAGCGCAUCCGCAGAGGAAACUUUGCGUACAACUGCGAGCGCAACGUGGCCUACAACCUGAUCCGGGACACGUUCGACUUUACCGAGGUGUGCGACCUGAACGAGGUGGAGAGUAUGCCGACCCAGUUCGUGGACCACGUCGUCCGAAAGGAUUCCCACUUUCGGGAGCUGUUUUCUCUAAGAUACGCCCGAAUGCGCGAGGUUGGCAUCGUGAAAAAAUUUGCCGAAUUUUGGAUCGCCAAAAAGCCGGAAUGCUUCUCGGGCAGCAUCGUGUCCAGUGUGACCAUCGCCGGGGCGUUGCCGAUUUUUCUGCUGCUGGGAUUUGGGCUAACUUUGGCAACGCUGCUGUUUGGGUUUGAGCUGGGAGUUGGCGUUUUGGUUGGAAAGUUGGGCGAAAAGCAGGACGUGAUAAGCUUGAAUGAAAAUUUUGGAGAGUUUACCACGGAGAAGAAAAUGGUUUGA